GAGGCUCACUUGAGCCAUAGGAAGUUGAGAUGAUUGCACCGCUGUGUUUCAGCCUAGGCAACAGAACAAGACCCCAUCUCUUAAAAAAAAGCACUGCAGGUGAUUCUAAUGUGCACCCAGCAGGCUACACUUUAGAGUUAAAAGGAGAGCGUCCUUUCUCCCUGAAGUAGGAGGUCAGCUGCGUGAGAGGUGAGGUGGAGUAGGGAGACCUUGGUGGGGGGAUCUGGAGCAGCCACUAGAGGGGAGAGCGGAGGUCCCCAGCCUAUUGAGUCCCAGGACAGACGUCCACGAAGCUUCCUGUCCUUGGAUGGCUAUUUCCGUGGUUUCUGAGUUUGUACUGUCGGGACCUGCUGCCAUGAUGUGUUUUUGUUUGGAAGAGAAGAGUUUUGUUUUCAGGUCUCCGCUUGGAGCUUGCUGGGGCCGAGCGUCCUGGCUGGCUGCACAAGAGGGUGGAGCUGUCAUUUGGCUUGGCCUUGAGAAGAGUUGGCAGGACCCACAGGGUCCACAAGAAGUCAACUUGGGAGAGUGCGGUCACCUCCACGGAGGAGGGGAUGCCCAAGGGGGCCACCCCACCCCAGCUGAGGGGAAGGCCCUGCCUGUGACCACGCAGGCCUGGCUGUUUGUGCUUCGGCAUCAGCCACAGGCUUGGCCACUGCCAGAGGCUUGGAUGAGUACUGGAGGGAGGUUUGCCCUGUGGUUAGGAAGGGCUGGGCAUGGGGAAGGGGGCUGGGAAGGUGGGGGAGUGUUGCCAGGGUAUGGCCCACCCAGGGGCAUGCAGCCCAGUGGUGGCAGGAGGGGCCCAGCCUGUGCUUUUACGCAAAUACCCCAUCCUGCCUGGGCCCUUUAUUCUUUUCUUGCAUCUCCUACCUCCCAUCCGAGUUCCCCUUUGAUCAGUCAACCACCGUGGGCUGAGUGCCUUGAGGAACCGGACCAGGCCUCCUGGAGGGAAGGCCCCUGCUGUGGGGGACCCUGUCAGCUCCUGUCCAGCCUCUGCCCUCCUUUCCUGCUGGGUGUGUCAUUCUCUCUGCCCCCUCACUUUCACAGCCUUGCUUUUUCCUUUCUGUCUCCCUUUUGGGGUGUCACCUCUCUUUCCCUGUCUCCUUCCUUCAUUCAGCAAACACUGGGUGCUGGCUGUAUGCUGGGGAUACAGAGAUGUGCGGAACGCACCCCUGCUGGAGCUCAGAGUCUACUGGGGGGACACAGAUGUGUAAACAGACAAGCAGAGUCUGGUGUGGUUUCAGGCUCCAGCUCCUAAUCUGCUGUGGGACCACAACACUUGACAUUGUUACCUGUUCCUGACCACCACUUUGGCCCAGCAUCGCCCUGCUUCUUCGGCCACCGUCUCUUUCUUAGUCAGCUCCUGGGCCGACGCGGUUGGGGCUGGAUUGACGACUCAGGCUUUACUGAUUUGAAGCCUGGAGGAGCAGGAACAGGCAACCAACAAAUGCACGGGAAGACUUCUCGGAACAGUCCUGUGUCCUGCAAAGAGAAACCAGACAGAGUUCAGGAGCCCCUGGACUGCAGUCUGCACUGCCCAGAAGGCUUGAAGGGUGAAGAGCUAAAGAAGUGUGGCCGAGAAGGGAUAUCACUUAAUAAAUACAACCAGCAAUACCACAGGCUGUUUAAGGAUGUUCCCUUGGAGGAAGUGGUUCUCAAAGUGUGCUCCUGUGCCCUCCAGAGGGACCUCCUUCUUCAGGGCCGACUCUACAUCUCCCCCAACUGGCUCUGCUUUCACGCCAGCCUCUUUGGCAAGGAUAUCAAGGUGGUCAUUCCUGUGGUGUCUGUGCAAAUGAUCAAAAAACACAAGCUGGCACGGCUCCUUCCCAACGGCCUGGCCAUCACCACCAACACCAGCCAGAAGUAUAUCUUUGUGUCACUGCUGUCCCGGGACAGUGUAUAUGAGCUGCUGAGGAGAGUCUGCACCCACCUGCAGCCUUCCAGCAAGAAGAGUCUAAGCGUAAGAGAAUUUCCAGAGGAACCCGAGUCUCUGGAAGUCCUCAUCCCUGAGAUGAAGUGGAGAAAGGUAUGCCCUUCCUCCAGGUCCCUGUCUCUCCCGGACAACAUGCCUCAUACUCCUCCAGCACCUGUGGACUCCACAGACAGUUUUUUCCCCUCCAGGAUGCCUCCAGGGCCUGAAAAGUCAAGAGCCCAAGUAGCCUCUGAAAAUGGCAGGAGGUGGGCAUGGCCCAUGCCAGGCUGGGGUCCUGCCUGCCCUAAGAAGAUGCCGAACUGCUCUCCCAUUGCAGAGAAUGCUGUCUGUGAGGAUGAUGAGCUGGAGGAGGAGACUAGGAGCACUGGGGAGCUGAGGCUCUGGGAUUACCGGCUCCUGAAGGUCUUCUUUGUGCUGAUCUGCAUCCUGGCUGUGUCCUCAUCUUACCUGGCGUUCCGUAUUUCACAGCUAGAGCAGCAGUUAUGCUCCUUGAGUUGGAACAGCCCCGUCCCUGGGCACAGGUAACAGCCACUCGGCCUUUGUCCCCAUUCCUUCUCCAAGAAGAAAGAAUGUGCUGGGUGCUAAGUCUCUACCAAUGAUCCCUGUGGUUUAUGCUGCUGCCGUGCUAAGACUGCGUAUGAAGGAAAACGUUCCAGAUCCCCCUUCCUCCUCCCAGCUCUUCUCCUCCCUCUGAGAUCUGAAGUACCUGUUUACAAAGUAACUGGCUUCUUUGAUUUUUGGACUCAAACAAAAAGCCAGAUUUUUUGGAACCAGCUGAGGAAUUCUGUACACAAAGCUUCAGCAACCACUUAAAAUGAGAGAGAAAAAAAAAAAUUAGCUGGCUCCUUGGAAACAGUUCUGGCACACAGGCAAAACACUGGAGGCAACCUCAAGGGACAGAGGCCAGAGGCCGUGCUUUCAUACAUGGAAUGUGGCUCUGUCACACAGCUCACUCCUGUGGCGGGGUCAGAGGCCAGAACACAAACCACCUGUGUGGGCUGUGGUGUCCCCCAACACUCUGCGCUCCCACGGGGCUUCUCUGCAGGCAGCCAGGCAUCUGUCAGGCUUGGGCAGGGGCCUGCUGAGAAGCCGUGGAUGAAGAGGGGAGGGCCAGAGAUGCUUCCAGCCAGAGAUGAAUUUCCAUGCUCUAGGCCAGGGCUCUGUGCUGGCCCCUCAUGAGGUGGCUGGCUGCACGACGGGGAGAUGCUGCCCGUGGCAGGAAUGGUGGCAGGGGCUGUGAAGAACAGAGGUACCUGACUUCCAUGUCCUCAGCUGUCACUUUCUGGUGACACAGAUCACUGUAGUCACAGACCUGGUAGUGGUUCUUGCUCUUAUGUGUUCCCAGGCCCUGGAAAUAGGGAAUGGGGAGGGUGGAGGCUUGGAUCUGAGGUCUUGCUGUCUACUCCCUGCCUGCUCGGAUCUCAGG